AAAUUUUGGGUUUGGUGUUUGACUCCCCUCACCCCCACCCUCCUCUCACUCUCACUUUCUCUCUCCUCCCUUUGCUUUUGGUCUGCGCCUCCUUGCAGACCGUGUGACCUGGGCUUGGGGGCCGCGUUUAAUCUUCAUUUUCAUUGUCCUAAUUUUCCAAUCAACAAAGUUUUCUUCUUUUUGUUUUCCCCUACUGUUUGGCUAUACUACUCUUCAUUAUCAUCAAUUUAAUCAUCAUAAGUAUAAUUAUAAUCAUCAUUAUCAUUCACUCUACCCAUCAAUUUCUUCGCCGUUUCCUUUACUCACUCUUUUUGUUUUCUCUCUCUCUUUCUGGGGAAAUUACAGUUGGGAAUAACAAUAAUCAGAACUAAAAUUAAAGAAUUUCUUGGUGUUCUAAUUCAGAUCCACCACUCUAUGCUCUUCUGGCUUUGAAGAACUGGGUUUUUUCUAGGUGAACCAGUAAGAAGAGUAUUGUGCUAGAUCAGUGUUGUGGGUGCAACUUUCUGCUGGUGAAAUUGGUGUUUUAGUGUUUAUUCUGGUAAAAUUUAGGGUAAGGUUUUAUGCAGAGGAAUGUAUAGACUUUAGAGAGUGAAGUUUAGUUUCUAUUUUUGUAUGUGAAUAUAAAAAUGGGUGGGAUAUGCUCGAGAAGGGCUACUGUUGAUAAUGUCCCAAGUAGUAGUUAUUCACAAAAUGGUGGUAGUAAUUAUGGUGCUGGGAUUAUAUUGGACUCUCAUGCAUUGCCUGAUAAAGAAAAUAGUGGUUCAAUUCUUCCCAGUGGUGGGGAAAAUGUCGAUAAGGCGGUACCGGAAUCCUUUUCGUUUCCCGAGCUGGAUGCUAAUACUAAUGGGAUCAAUGAGGCUUCAAAUGGGACAUAUACGGAUGCGAAUGAUGACGGGAUUCCACGGUAUUCUAGGGCUUUAUCACAUAAAUCUAGGUCAACAAAGUCCAAGCAGGUUGCCGUUGCAAAGGUGUCUGAGAUGAGCACCCUUUUAGGUAAAGCUGGCUCUGCUGGGUUUGGGAAAGCAGUAGAAGUUUUAGACACACUUGGUAGUAGCAUGACAAGCUUGCACCUCAGUGGUGGUUUUGUCUCAAGUGUGACAACCAAAGGGAAUAAGAUAUCCAUAUUGUCAUUUGAGGUCGCCAACACAAUUGUGAAGGGUGCAAACCUUAUGCAAUCACUUUCCAAGGAAAGCAUCAAACAUCUUAAGGAGGUUGUGCUUCGAUCAGAAGGCGUGCAAAGCUUGGUAUCCAAAGAUAUCGAUGAACUCCAAAGGAUUGCUGCAGCUGACAAGAGGGAAGAAUUAAAAGUAUUUGCCGGGGAGGUCAUUCGCUUCGGAAAUCGCUGUAAAGACCCUCAAUAUCACAAUUUGGAUCGUUAUUUUGAGAAAUUGGCUUCUGAACUUACUCCCCAAAAGCUGAAAGAAGAAGCUGAGACAAUAAUGCAAAAUCUGAUGACAUUGGUUCAGAACACUGCCGAGUUGUAUCAUGAGUCACAUGCUUUGGAUAGAUUUGAACAAGAUUAUCGGCGGAAGCUACAAGAGGAAGAUAACCCGAGCACAGCUCAAAGAGGAGAUAGCUUAGCAAUUCUCAGGGCGGAGUUGAAGAGCCAAAGAAAGCACGUCAGAAGUUUGAAAAAGAAAUCACUUUGGUCUAGGAUUCUGGAAGAUGUGAUGGAGAAACUUGUGGACAUAGUUCACUUUUUACAUUUAGAAAUUCACGAGGCAUUUGGAGAUGCUGAUGGAGAUAGGCCAAUAAGGACAUCUUCAAACAAUCAUCAAAAGUUGGGGUCAGCUGGCCUCGCCUUGCAUUAUGCAAAUAUUAUUACUCAAAUAGAUACUCUUUUCUCUCGCUCAAACUCUGUACCACCAAACACAAGGGAUGCUUUAUACCAGGGAUUGCCGCCUAACAUCAAAUCUGCUUUAAGAUCGAAAUUGCAGUCAUUUCAGCUUAAGGAAGAGCUUACUGUCCAACAAAUAAAAGCCGAAAUGGAAAAGACGCUGCAUUGGCUUUUUCCUAUUGCUACAAACACGACAAAAGCGCAUCACGGAUUUGGUUGGGUUGGUGAAUGGGCAAAUACCGGUUCGGAGGUCAAUCGAAAACCAGCAGGUCAAAAUGACUUGCUAAGAAUCGAGACACUCUACCACGCGGACAAGGAGAAAACCGAGGCUUACAUUCUUGACCUAGUGGUGUGGCUUCACCAUCUCAUCAGCAUAUCUAGGGCUUCUUCUUCAAAUUGUGGGACCCGAUCUCCUAUCAAAUCCCCGAUGCGGUCCCCGAACCAAACGAUCCUGCAGUUGUCCCCACACAAGACGACUACCUGCCCGUCUCCUACACUCUCCAUUGAAGACCAACAAAUGCUUUGUGAUGUGGCUAAGAGGAAACUCACUCCAGGUAUUAGUAAGAGUCAGGAGUUUGACACGGCUAGAAGUCGGUUAAGUAAGCAUCAACGGUUGAGCAAGAGCAACAGCCAUUCCCCCACGAGAGAAACGAAGAGAGAGAUUUACUCCACGAGACGACCGUCUUCCGUCCCGGUUAUCGAUUUUGAUAUUGACCGAAUCAAAGCAUUGGAUGUCAUUGACCGGGUGGAUACCCUAAGGAGUUUGUAAGUACUAGAGGUGGCAAUUCUGGUCUAUGGGUCAGGUUCGGGUUUGGUUUCGGGUCGAUUUCGGGUUGUGUCAAAAAAAUAUCAGAAAUAUUGUAAAACUUAAUAUUAUGGGUCAAAUCGGGUCGAUUUCAGGUCAUUCGGGUUUCUCUCAGUAACUUAAGGGUCGGGUUAUCGGGUCGGGUUAGGGAUUGCCACUUGCCAGUCCUAUUUGUAACUAUGCCCUAUAUCUUGUGAUUUGUGAAGAUGGCUAGACUUCUCUGGGGAAGAUGGCACUGAGUGAUUAUGUCCUAAUCAAUUGUGUAAUUGAAAAAUCAGACCAGAUUAGGCGAGAAAGAAGGGAGGAUUCAGAUUGUUGCAGAGAGGUUGAGGUAGCAUGUUUUUGGUCAGGUUCAAGUUGAUGUACAGAAUACUUUGAUCACACUCUGAAUAAUCGAAAAAUAAUACAGUUAAUAUUGGUUCUUUA